UUGACGUCUCCUGGCUCAACUGAGAACAUAGCAAAGAGAGCAGUCGGACGGUCGUGUCUCUUUCCGAGGCCGGAUGGUAAAAUCCAACCUCCAGCGGAUCCUAAACAGUCAUUGCUUUGCUCGCGAAAAGGAAGGAAAACAACACACUCUUACGACCAUGGCGGAUUUGAGUAGCGGUAUUUGUGACAUGAUUGGGAAUCUAUCCAUGCACUGUAGUAGUACCCGCGGCCCGGGGCCUCUGUGGUGUUCCGAUGCCCCUCUCCCACCCCUGAAGAUCCCAGGUGGGCGAGGGAAUGGCACACGGGAUCACGCUCCUUCAGCUCGGUUGCUCUACUCGGACCAGAAGUUGACCGUUAGUGAGGAGCCGGCGGGUAACGGUCGCCCCGGGAUACUCCACUUCCAAAGUCGCCCCACCGUCAGCAAGACAGUUGAGUGGGAUGCUGUCCUGAGCAGCAGUGCACUCUUUGUGGAGAUCCCCCUUGACCCACUUCCUGAAGGCAGCAAGGAGAGCUUUGCGGCGCUGCUGGAAUAUGCUGAGGAACAUCUGAAAGUUGUUGGCGUGUUUGUCUGCUUUUACAAGAACAGGGAUGAUCGCGCCCAGUUGGUGCGAACAUUCAGUUUCCUGGGCUUUGAGAUCGUGAAACCGGGCCAUCCCCUUGUCCCGCCUCGACCUGACGUUCUUUUCAUGGCCUACAAUUUUGACAGGGACUCUUCUGAUGAAGAGUAACCCCAUCCCCCUUAACCCCCUUUUUCUUCCUCCCUGUGUGUGUGUGUGUGUGUGUGUGUUCUCAUCAUCAUUUAGUGUACCUAUCUCAUUUAGUGUGGGCGUAAAAAGGGAGAGGUUGUCGUAGGUUCAAGUGUAGCUUUUGCUUCAGCGGACA